UUAUCUACCAAGAAGUAUUGGAAAGAGUUUUAUACAAAAUCGGAAUUGAAUCAAAAUGAACAAUUUGAUUGGUUUUUAGAUGCUCAGACAGUUUGUGAACAAUUGGAUAACGUUUUGGAUUCAAAUGACAAAGAACCUUUGCGAAUUCUUGACAUCGGUUGUGGUGCCUCGUCCAUUCCUUCAACAUUAUGUUCAUAUUCCCAUCGACCCUUAGAUCUCCAUUGCGUAGACUUUAUUCAAAGUGCAUUGUGUCAACAGCAAUCGUGGUUGUCAAGAGUCAAGUUUAAAAACCCACAGACAUUGACUCACUUCAUAGUGGCAGAUGUUUGUAGGCUUCCAUAUAAAGAUACACUCUUCGAUGUAAUCAUUGAUAAAGGAACUAUGGACGCGCUGUUGAAAGACAGAAACUCUGGAAACGUCAAUGGUCGAACUAUGGUAUUUGAACUAGCCCGAGUUUCUCAAGAUAAUGGAACAAUUCUACAAAUAUCUGACGAAGAUCCCGAUAUCAGGUUACCAUUAUUGGAAUCGUGGUCAGUUUCGGGCGCCAUGGUAUCUGUGAAGUGGACAUCAACAGUUCUAAAGUCAUUUGGAAGCAUAGAAUACUUUGCCUUUCACGGAAUAGUGUCACGGAGGCCGGAUAUCAACAAAUGA